AAGAGAAUGCCAGAUGGUAGAAGACAAGUAGUUAGCACCACCGUCUGCCAAUUGUGGGGAGCACAACACGCUGGAAAGGCACCGAGUUGUGUUAUAUCCGAGAACGGACAACCCUUCCACAAUUAAUCCUACAUACUAUCGAGUCUCCGUCCCAUCAAUGGAUGAUUUUCUCCGCGACGAUACUACAGUUUUGUUCUUUUUACAUAAAAAGAUGGUUGUAAAUCGUCUUUCCGCUAACGGGGGAAGCCCCAGUCCUCGUGUGGUCGUACGCAAGCUGUAUGACGUUUAAGUGUGGACUCCCCCGGAUCAUUGCUGUGUCUCCCACCCCUACCGACCGUCCUUGUUUCAUAGAUAAGCCUCUCUCACUAGUUCACUUGUUGUCCUUAAUCCCCAAUGACAAUCGAACUCGCCUCUCUUCCUCUACCUCCCUCCGCAGAUUCAUCCAAGUUCGUCGACUUUGGCCGUGAAGUCAAAGGCGUCGACCCUGGCAACCUCACCCCGGAACAGUUCUCUGAGGUUUCCGAAGCUCUGUACAAGCACAGCGCUCUCCUUUUCCGGAACGUCACCCUCACCCCAGAACAACAGUAUGCUCUGACCAAGGCGUUUGACCCUGAAUCCGAGUCUUACGGCCACGGUAACAACAAGACUCAGUCCACCAAGAGGUCCAUCCUUCACCCAGAUCUCAAGACGAUUCCCCGGGUCCCACAGGUACAGCUUAUAGGAAAUGGGAUGGUAUACAAUCACGAAGGCCUCGAGAGCGCCGCUCUCAAGCACCCCUCGCACACCACCUUCCACAAGACCAGGGUUUCCGAAGAGGACGAGCAGAAAGGAUACACUCGCUUCUAUCGUUGGCACAUCGAUGCCGCGCUCUAUGACUAUAAUCCACCUCGUGUAACCACCCUGUAUGGUAUCAAGGUACCAGCCGGGCCAAAGCAGACCGUCAGGUAUGAUGAUGGCACCGGCGACGAACUGUCCGUCCCCCUGGGGACCACUGCCUUUGUCUCUGGAAAGACGAUGUUCGACAUCUUGCCACGCGAGUACAAGAGUCUUGCCGUGCGCACCAAAGUAAGGUAUGCGCCCCAUCCUUACGUAUGGAUGGCUCCGGCCCGUGCUAUGCCAACUGGCUUGGGUAUCGAAACAGAAGGCCUCGAACUCCCCGUGAACGAGCUUCCCUCCUGGGAGGAGUCCAAGAUUAAGACUUUCUCUAUGCUGUGGAAGAACCCGAUCACCGGGGAAUUACACUUCCAGGUUCAUCCCUGUGGUGUUCAGGAACUCAUCAUCGAUCCCUUGCCCGAAGGUGCUAAUCGAGACAGUGCCCUCUAUCCCAAUGGGGCUCAUCUCAAGGAUCUCAAGGAAGUUCGCUCUCUUCUCUACACGAUGCAGCGCCCCGCUAUAGCACCACAACUGGUAUACCCCCAUGACUGGAAAGAACGAGAUCUCGUCCUCUUCCAUAAUCGCGGUAUUCUGCACACCGUCGUUGGAGCUUUCAAGCCUGACCAAGUCCGCGCGUUCCACCAAUGCAAUCUGGCCGCAUCAGAUGUGCCGCAAGGUCCCUCUGAGUCAGACGUCCUCAAAUGGGCGUGAAUCGUUGGGUAGGCAGUGUUGUCAUGUAUUGUAUACUUUGUGUUGCGAUCGGGUGCCAAUGGAGUAGAAACACUUAUCUUUUGGGACUUUCCUGUAGAAACAGGCAAUACUAAUUGACAAUGCAGUGCUGGAAGGAUUUUCAUACUGUAGGAGCAGUCACUGCGGAAACGAAAUUUUAGCAGGGGGCAUAACCAGAUUCUCCAAAUGUAGAUAAUCCGACCUUGAUUUUUUUUUGUAAGAUAUAGCUAUUAGUCUGAG